UAGUUCCACCACCCCGCCCGGGGCGCGGUUUCAGUUGAUGGGGGCGGCUCCGAUCGUAUCGCUCCGCCCGCUACCGAUGUUUCUAAACCUCUGCCACCCAGUCCUCUGGCGGAGCUAGGGUCUCGGAUCCGGCUACGGAAUGGCGGGCGCCGGGCUCCUGUGCGUCCUGAUGCUGCUCGGGCUCCAGAGACCGGUGGCAGGAAGGGCGCUGAAAUUCGUCAACCUGGUUUUUCGUCAUGGUGAUCGAUCUCCUAUCGGAGGAUUCCCAAAGGAUCCAAAUACAGAGGCUGAUUGGCCUCAAGGAUUUGGGCAGCUUACCCAGACUGGAAUGAGACAGCAGUACGCACUGGGCCAAUAUCUGCGAAAUCGUUACCAUGGCUUCCUCAACUCGACUUAUGACCGAUACGAGAUUUAUAUCCGGAGCACAGACGUUGACCGGACUCUAAUGAGUGCUGAGUCGAAUCUUGCUGGGCUGUACCCUCCACAAGGACAUCAGGUCUUCCGUCCUGACUUGAAAUGGCAACCAAUUCCUGUGCACACAGUGCCUGGGAAAGAGGACAAGGUGCUUGCAUUCCCACUGGACAAUUGUCCUCGCUACACAAAGUUGAUUGCAGAGACGGAAAAACAAGAUGAAUACAAAAAGAUGAUGAGAGAAAACAAGGAAUUCCUGGACAUGCUUGUGAAUGCCACUGGGGUUCCCAGAGAGAAGAUGUCAUUAAGAACCAUUUCGUUGAUUUACGACACCCUGUUUUGUGAGCAACUCAACAACAAAACUGUGCCUUCCUGGGUGACCCCUUCUGUCAUGGAGCGCCUGAGGUUGCUCAAGGAAUUCUCUUUCCAUGUCGCAUAUGGAGUGUACAAGCAAGAGGAGAAGUCGCGGCUCCAGGGAGGUAUGCUCGUGAAGAAAAUUCUCCAGAAUAUUGAACAAUCGUUGAAGUCGUCAUCUCCAACACCAAACCCGAAACUGAUCAUGUACUCAGCGCACGACACAACAAUUGCAGCUCUUCAAGUGGCUCUGAGUGUUUACAGUCUGUCUGCCCCUUACGCUGCCUGCCACAUGGUUGAGCUGUACCUGGAGGAUGAUGGGUCCUUCACUGUGGAGAUGUACUACAGAAAUGAAAGUUCUUCUGCACCAUACCCCCUAACUCUUCCAGCCUGCACCCAAAAGUGUCCCUUGGAUAAGUUCAUCCAGAUUGCCAAAAAAGUGGUUCCUGAUGACUGGAGUAAGGAAUGUGGCCAUACCAGUAACCACCACCAAAUCGAGCUGAUCCUGGCCCUGGCUGUGGGCUGCUGUCUUGUCCUGCUCCUCAUUAUGCUGACUGCACUGCUCAUUUGCCGGAACAAAGGUCAAUACUUGGGCUACCAGAAAGUGGCUGAAGAAAAUGAGGGGACCGAAAGGACUUUGUUCUGAUCAGGACAAAGAAUAAAGAGAAGCCAUGUGACUGGGGGGGGUGGGUGGUGGGCAGUCUGACCAUAGCUGAGGCAGCUUACUUUCCAUAGACGCUGCCUGGCCUGCUGAGUUCCUCCAGCAUUUUGUGUGUUGCUCGUAUUUCCGGCAUCUGCAGAUUUUCUCUUGUUUGUGACUCCCUCCAGUUUGUCACUCUUCAGGUUUACCUAUCACCCUCUGUUUCUCUCCUCCCCCACCCUUUUUAAAUCUACUCCUCAGCUUUUUUUCUCCAGUCCUACCAAAGGGUUUUGGCCUCAAACGUCGACUGUACCCUUUUCCUAGAUGCUGCCUGGCCUGCUCCUCCAGCAUUUUGUGUUUGUUACUCUAAAUUGGUUUUGAUUUGUGCAAUAGGCAGGGUUUAACUCCACUCUUUAGGUUGCCUGAAGUGUAAUUUCUGCAGAAAAGCAAUACUGUUAGAGUAAAGGCAAAUGUAGACAAAAAAUCUGCACUGGAUACUUGAUUCUGUAGUGAAGCUGGAUGGGAACAGUGAACUCUGUCCCAUCACCAUUCCAGUAGACACAAGGAUGCUUGGUCUCUGGCACCUCUGGGAGCUGCCAGCUCAGUCUCAUCACGGCCAUUGGUGUACAAGGUGUGCGUGGUGUAGAGGCACUUCACAAGGUGUUGUACCAUUGGCUGCAGCUUCUCUACAUUCCAGUCAUGUGCCACGAGAUAAAACAACCAAACGAUGCUCUAUGGUCUGUUGAGUAAUGUUUGGGACAGCAAGUAUUGCUUUUGGUCUUUUUCACCAUUAUCCCCAUUUCCACCUCUUGAGCCCUGGGAAAUGCUGCAUGGGAAUCAAUAUUUUUCUCAGUGUCAGUGUUGUGUUCUGGUGGGAAUUGUUACAUCCAGUGCAAACAUUUACAUCUGUGGUUCUUUUGCCUUCCAAUAGAAAAUUCACCUGCUGCUUUUCAUUUGGAAAUGUUGAUUUUUUAAUAUAUAGUUUAAAAAAAGCGAGCCCGUGAUGCUAAGUGAGUUUGCAUUGUUUGCAUAGUUGGGAGGGAAAGUCUAGGAGAGAAAGAAUCAAGAUUAUUCCACAACGACUUACUUGUAGUGAUGGGGAAUGCAAGUUCUCAUGGAAGAUUCCUUUACACUCCUCUUUUCUCCUCAGCUGAUACUCUUUCUAAAAUUUGUUAUCUUUAAUCUGUUGGUUCAGUUCUAUUUGUAAAUGUCAAGGCUAGCCGGUGUGUAUUUUGGGGGGUCGGCAUGGACAGGUUGGGCUGAAGGACCUCCAUGCUGUAUUGCUCUAUGACUUACAGCUGGAAGGCUAGGGAGGGAGGAAGUGACUGAUGAUGCUGUGCAGUUGUGAAAACCCAAAUGACCUUCAGUGACCCUUACCUGGUCUGUCUCCAGUGUGAAGUGGUUUAACCAGUUGCCCAGUGUAUCAAUUAAAAGACAGUUCAUUACUGUUCCCUUAAUAUCAGAAUGUAAUUGCUGAACUUGUUGAAACUCCUCCCCCCUACCCACCCCCACAGUUUUAUUCUGCCCCCUGCCCCCUUCCUUUCUGUUGUGAUGGAAAUGAGAAAGAUUAUUUGGGUCUCAAAGGCAAGAGCUCUGGACACACAAUUUUAAUAAUAAGGAGUUUAUUUACAAGGGGAGAAAAGCUUGUGAACAACACAAGCGGCUACAAUAUUCGCACAAACACGCUUAGAAUAGAGGAGCAUGGGAAAAGUCGGGUCUGCAGUACAAUACACGGGAAGACGGUGUAGGGACGGUGUACAGGUACACAUACAAGCAAGGGAAAAGUAACUACAAUAUAUGCCACCCCUUGGCUAUGGGCAGGCAUGGCUCUUUGCUAAAGGGACCACAAUAAACGCUCCCACAACCCUAUUCAAUGCACAUCUUGCCACAUGUCUCCAGUGCUGUUCUGCAGUCGUCAGCCUGGAGUGAAGCAGGGUGGUCCUUUGAGGAUGGCAAAAGAGAGCGAGCCAAGCACAUGUAGAACCUUUUAUAGGUCAGGGGGCCAACAGCUUGGUGCUAGACAGGUUAAUCCAAUUAAGGUGGACAAUGGUUAAAUGUGCAUUGAUUAGUUGGGAGGGGCGAAAUGUUGACUUGCAGGUGGUGUGACCUCCGACCAGGUGAGGGCAGUGCUGUCAUGUGACAGGCGCAGCUGUCUGGUUACACUUUCCCAGUCCUGAAAUGUCAGCUGAUAAUUCCUCUCUAUUGAUGCUGAGGGGAAUAAACAGUUGAUGUUUCUCCAGUGUUUUAUGUGUUGCUCAAGAUCCGCUGGUUCUUCUUCAGAAAUAACUUGUCCUUCACUAUCGGCACUUGUAUAACUGGAAAUCAGAAAAUUGAGGCAAUUUGACAAAAAUCAUUUAUGACAUCCUUUUUGUUCUAUAACUGCUGCUCUUUCAGUGUUAAAGCUAUAAACACUCCUUGAUAAGUUAUAUAUUAAUAACAGUCAUAUUGAGGUCCGUUCCUCUGGAAGGGAAUGGUCCUCCACAAGAUAGGACUAAUCAAAACAUUUAAGAGGAUAUCUUUUCCAUAAAGAAUGUCAAAGUCUAUAAUUCUCCUUCUCCCAAACUGAAGGGAUACUACUUAAUGUUGGAACUUAGCAAAGUUGAAGAAAUUAAAGGGGUUAAAGAGUAAUUUUGAUGUUGCUGACACACCAGAGGAUGUGGUGUUAAUUAUACACUGUUUUCUGAACAUGCUAGACAUUGUUCUCAAAAUUGCUAGACUAAGGUUUAAAUAAAGAACUGCCUGAUGAGACAAUGUCCUAACACAGGUUCUUAGAACAAUGAUUCACCAAAGGAUCAAUUACUUUAUAAAUACCUUAUGUUACUGUUGCUGGGCAGUAAAGAAGAAAUUGCACAAUUGCUUAACAAGUGUACGCAACUACAUGUGUAUAAAAGAGCCAUGCUUGUACAAGUAAUUGGAGACCCCAAUGCAGACUCCAAGAGAGUGCUGAAGGAAGGUUUUCCCUAGUAGCAAGCUACUAAUAAAAAAGCUGCUGCUUUA